CCAUCCCUUCCUCUGCUGUUGUCUCGACCUCACACCCUCGUCCUCCCAUCGACGUUCUUUCCUUUUCGUUGCGUGUAUCCAAAAGCCAAGAGGUGGGAUAUUCUACCACACUCUGCUGUUUCGAUUCGUUCCAAGUCACUCUUUGCACCAAGAAAAAAACCGAGCCUCGAUCGGCCGUCACCCGCUGUUGUCACUUUUCAACCUUACUCUGGUGAGUGUUGUACAUCGUUGCUCUUCGAUACCGGUCCCGUGGCUUGUCUCCUUCCCUACACCCUCCCGAACCACCGGCCUAUUGUCUCGGCUCUUAAUAUCAGUUCCUCUUGGCUUCUUGGGUUGGUGGCAACGGUAUCUUCUACAAGAAGUACCGUGACGUGGGACCUGUCAUCUGAGUCCAGGCCAGUCUGGGUCCAAGGGGGGCUCGCCGAGUGA